GAAGCAUCACACUGCAGUGCUGCAACCUGCUGCUGGGUCCUUCAUUGAGAUGAUGUAGAGGAUGGUCAUCGUGCGACUGUCCUGUCACAACACGAGCGCUUGCACACCGCCUGUACAUGUAGUCCGUAAACGACAGGACAAGACUGAAAUGAAGAGACACAAGUCUCAUAAGGAGAAGGAACAUCUCUCACACAAAUCUGCACAGUUGGGUAAUAAACACUGUGUGAACACCAGACAUUCUGUUCCAUGGGUGGGUGAAGUCUCCGUGACCAAGGUGUGUAUCGUCACAUUCCUAGCCCUGUCUGGGGCAGCCAUUGUCCUGCAUGACAUGGGCUAUCUGUCCCGCUCUCCAGAACCCGACCACCGCACCACAUUCCAUCACAGCGAGCUUUCACAACCACGACCAGCACCUCUUAAAGGAGGAUGGAGAACUGCAGAGGAGGACAUUCUGCACAAGUAUGACUCCAGUUUAUGUCUAGUGGAUCGAGUGUUUGCAGACAGAAUUACUGUAGACCAGUUUGAGAGGGAGUAUCAGAAUAAGAAACCUGUGAUUAUAAAGUUCAGAAACGGUGCUAGGGGUUGGACGCAGCCUGAGUUGUGGUCUGUAGAUGGGUUAAGACAUUCCCAUGGGCCGCAGGGUUUGAUGGUUGGUGUGUCAAGGGAGAUUGUGCAGAAUGGUGGAAAUGGAUAUGUGGAAACGACAGUCACCGACUUCAUUGACAGUAUACAGGCAGCGAAGUCUGAUAAACAAAACGAACCCUUUUAUGUUUUCGACCGAGCAUUCAUUCAAGACUCACACCUUCUGAACACCUUAAACCCACCUGAAUAUCUCAGCAUCCGUCCACAACGAGAUGACAGUUUCUUUUUUCUUGGAAGUUCUGGCAGUGGAGUCUCCUUCCACAACCAUGCCGAAGCUUGGAAUGGUGUCGUGUAUGGGUCUAAGCGGUGGUUUCUUUACUCCAAGGAAACAGCUCCCCCUGGUGGUGUAUAUCCUGGAUAUUCUCAACUCGACUGGUUCAGCAAAGUGUACCCCGUGUUGUCUGAAACACAGAAACCCGUCGAGUGUGUGCAACAGGCAGGGGAGAUAAUCUACUUGCCAGAAGGAAUGUAUCAUGGUACUAUUAACAUUGGUGACACAGUGGCAGUCGGCAUUCAGAAGAAAGAGGCUACUCUACCUGAAAUGAAACUACAAUAUGAAGAAACCCAGUUGAGCAAGGAAGAAUCCAGUGAAGUACCUAGUAGAACUAGUAGAAGAUUUGAAUGUAUCAAGACUCUGCACAGCCUUCUGCCUGAUAACACAGAGUGGGAGAUGAGAUUGGGAGAAAUCCUCUUUACUGAGAUGAACCAGCCUGGUGAAGGAAUCCACCACACUGAACAGGUCCUACAGAAGGAUCCAUUCUUCCUUCUGGCUCUCAUUAACCUAGCCAACUUCCAGGCUGAGAUUGGCCAGUAUGAGGAAGCUGAGAUUCUCUUUGUUCGUGCACUAGAACAGAAUCCCACAGCAUGGGAUGUCUACGCACAAUACGGCACAUUCCUCUUCAAGCAGAGACGAUUUUCUGAAGCGGUUUCACUUUUUGAGAAGGGUUUUGAGUUGAAACCCAAUGAAAAGGCUUUCCUGAUUUACCUUCGUAACUGUCAGAUACAGAUGGGAGAUCACUCUGCUGUACAGAUUACUCAACGGAAGUUGGACGAAUUCCAUCAGUUAUAGACUGGAUACAAAAUCAGUUAUCUUUUAUUUAUUCAUCAUUUUAUGCACAUUCGUACAUGUAUGUUGCUGAGACAUUAAAAUAUUUAUUAUUAUUUUAAUAUUUUACAAUUUAAAAAAUGAAUGUUUCAUACAUUUUAUAUUACGAUAAAUUCAGACUUCUAUUUUUUUAUAGUAAAGUUAUUGGUAAAUUAUACAGUUAUAUGUGUAUAUGUGGUGCAUUUUUGUGAUUUUGUAAUUCCAAAUCCAUGUAAGUUUCCUUUUUAUAGAAACCAUACAUUUUAUACUUUAAAGGGACAUUCCUGAGUUUGUUGCAUUGUAAGAUGCUUCCGACUAAUAAAAUAUGUCUACGAUUAAACUUACAUAUUAAAUAUAUUUUCUUG